ACACUGCCAGGUGACGUCAUAGCUCAUGAAACUCCGCCCCUUCUCUGCCUUUUUGAAAGAUGGUACUAGUUAGCUUGCUGAGACUGGGAGCUAGAAGAAUCCCCAUGACCUCCAAGAGAGGCAAACAGAACUUUUACAAAGGUCGUGGUGCCAAGUCAACCGGAAGACACACAAGAAAAGGUGGCUUUAUUGUGAUGAGAGAGAAGAUCCCUGAGCUGGUUGUGCCAUCUUUAGAAGGUUUUGAGCUGAAGCCCUAUGUGUCCUACAAGGCACCUUACGUCAGUGGAAAAGUUAUCACGGCUCAGGACAUUCUAGAUGUCGCUGGACGUCCAGAGCCUAGCUAGCUAUGACAUCAUCAUUACAUCACCAUCAAAUCACCAUUAUACAGUGAACCUCUUGGAGAAAUUGAAAAGCUAUUGUUCAGAGUGG